UGAGGGUCUGGGGCGGAGACUAUCUUCAGAAAGCACAUCGCAAAGAACUGCCCUUUUCUCAGUCGGAAGAAACUAUCUUCUCGGCCUUUGAGGAUCUCACUACUUAACAUGUUGCGCACAGCUACAGGGUAUGCCUUCUCCAGACUUCAUCCCUUUCUUCCAUCUUCUUUCCUUCUCUCCUUCCCUAAUUCCCUCCAUCUCAAUUUCUCUGCUUCUUCUCGAGCCCUAAACGCAAAUAACGUUGACGAAGCCGUCACUUCAUUUUAUCAGUUGCUCCAUAUGCGACCUUUACCUUCCAUAUUUCAAAUUAAUAAGCUUUUAGGAUCGAUUGCUAAGACGAAACGUUAUCGCACUGCCAUCUCACUUUUGGCACAUGUGGAUCUCAUGGUAUUCACACCUGAUUUAGUUACCCUGAACAUCUUGAUCAAUUGUUACUGCCAGAUGGGUGAGAUGCAUUCGGCAUUUUCAGUAUUAGGGAAGAUUUUCAAGAUGGGUAUUCAACCGGAUACCAUAACUUGGACAUCCCUAAUGAAAGGACUUUGUAUUAGGAAAAAGAUUGAGGAAGCGCUGGACUUACUUGACAUACUAAGGGCCAAAGGAUUUCAGUUAGAUGGAAUGAGUUAUGGGACCUUGAUCAAUGGGUUACAUAAAACUGGGAAAACAAGGUGCGCCAUCAACUUGCUCAAACAGAUGGAGAAAGGGGUAAUUAAGCCUAAUUUAAUCAUGUAUAAUACAGUCAUUGAUGGCCUUUGUAAAGAUGGAGAUGUAACAGAGGCAUAUGAUUUAUAUUUUCAAAUGAUUGAGCGUGGGGUCUUGCCAGAUCUUAUCACUUACAACUCUCUUGUUCAUGGCUUCUUGAGCACGGGCAAGUGGCAAGAGGCCACACAAGUUCUCCAUGAGAUGGCAUUUCAAGACAUCAAAUUUGAUGUUUAUACAUAUAACAUAUUGGUUGAUGCAUAUGGUAAAGAAGGAAGAAUCAUAGAAGCCGAAACUGUGUUUGGUAUGAUGAUGAAAUGUGGUGGGAGACCUGACAUUGUAACUUUUAAUAGUUUAAUGAAUGGCUAUUGUUUGAUGAAUAAAAUUAGUGAGACAAAGGAGGUGUUCAAUAAGGUGGUUCAGAGUGGCUGGACUCCUGAUGUAGUUUGUUAUGGAAUCUUGAUCAAUGGAUUAUGUAAGGUUAAAAUGGUUGAUGAAGCCAUGGAUUUCUUUGAAGAGAUGCGUCGCAAGAAUAUUGUUCCCAAUGAAGUUAUUUACAGUUCUCUUAUUGAUGGUUUGUCCAAAUCAGGGAGAAUGCUAGCUGCGCAGGAUCUGUUUUCGGAUAUGCUUGACCAUGGUCAUGCUCCUGAUAUAAUCACCUAUAAUAUUUUAUUAGAUGCAUUUUGCAAAAACCAGAAUCUUGACAUGGGGAUUGCGUUAAUCAAGAAAGGUGUCGGCAGAGGAAUUUGGCCUUGUGUAUACACAUUCAGUAUACUUAUUGAUGGUUUGUGUAAAGGUGGUAGACUAAAUACUGCACGAGAGAUUUUUCAGUACCUUUCAAUGAAAGGCCAUCUUCUAAAUGUCUGCACUUAUAACAUUAUGAUCAAUGGCCUUUGUAGAGAAGGCUUGCUUGAUGAAGCUAUGGCAUUGCUUCCAGAAAUGAAAGAGAUUGGCUGUCUCCCUGAUAAAAUUACAUGUAAUAUACUCAUGCAAGCUCUUUUGGAAAAAAGUGAGAAUGGGGAGGCAGAAAAGUUUAUUCAUGAAAUGAUUAGUAAUGGUCUUCUCAUACGACCUUUGUUUGGGUAUCUCGUUGUUCAGAUUAACAUGUUAUGUGCAUCUACAAGGUAUGCCUCCCCCAAAUUUCCUCACUUUCUUCUCUCUUCUAUCCUUUUCUCUUCCUCUUACUCCCUCAAUCUCAAGUUCCAUACUCAUACCCGAACCCCUAUUGCAAAUAACAUCGACGACGCCGUCGCUUCAUUCCAUCGGUUACUUCAUAUGCGUCCCCCACCCUCCAUAAUCCAAAUUAAUAAGCUUUUGGGAUCAAUUGCAAAGGCUAAACAUUAUCGCACUGCUAUCUCUCUGUAUGCACAAGUAGAGUUGAAGGGAUUUACACCUUGUUUGUUUACACUGAGCAUCUUGAUCAACUGUUACUGCCAUGUAGGUCAGAUGUAUUCGGCUUUCUCAAUAUUGGGGAAGAUUCUGAAGAUGGGUCUUCAACCCAAUAUUAUAACUUUGACUGCGCUAUUGAAAGGACUCUGUUUUAAUAACAAGGUUGAGAAAGCACUGCACUUCUAUGAUGAGCUAAUGGCAAAAGGAUUUCAGUUAGAUGAGGUUAGUUAUGCCAUUUUAUUUGAUGGGUUGUGUAAAAGAGGAAAAACAAGGUAUGUCAUUAAGUUACUUAAGAAGAUGGAGGAUCAGGGAAUUAAGCCUGAUGUAGUUAUCUACAAUACAAUCAUUGAUGGCCUCUGCAAAGAGGGACAUGUAACUGAAGCACGUGAUUUUUGUUUUAAAAUGAGUGAUCAUGGAAUUAUUCCAAAUAUUGUCACUUACAGUUCCCUAAUCCAUGGUUUCUAUAGCAUGGGGCAAUGGCAGGAAGCUACUGAGUUGCUUCAUGAAAUGAUAUUAAAGGACAUCAAACCAAAUAUUUAUGUCUAUAAUAUAUUGGUUGAUGCAUUUUGUAAAAAAAGAAAGAUUACAGAAGCCCAAGCUGUGUUUGCUAGGAUGAUGAAAUGUGAUGAGAGACCUGAUGUUGUUACUUUCAAUGCCUUAAUGGAUGGGUGUUGUUUGAUGGAUAACAUUAAUGAGUCAAAGGAAGUAUUCACCAGGAUGGUCCAAAGAGGGUUGACACCUGAUGUAUUUACUUACAAUAUCUUGAUUAAUGGAUUAUGUAAGAUUAAAAUGGUUGAUGAAGCUUUAGAUAUGUUUAGAGAAAUGCAUCACAAAAACUUGGUUCCCGAUGAUGUAACUUAUAAUUCUCUUAUUGAUGGCUUGUGCAAAUUAGGGAGAAUGUCAUAUGCGCAAGAUCUUUUUCUUCAUAUGCAUAAUAGCGGCCAUACUCCUGACAUAAUCACUUAUAAUAUUAUGUUAGAUGGAUUUUGCAAAAGUCAGAAUAUUGACAAGGGGAUUGCAUUAGUCAAGGAAGCUGUUGACCAAGGAAUUUGGCCUAGUGUGUACACAUACAAUAUACUGAUUGAUGGAUUGUGUAAAUGUGGUAGACUAAAUGAUGCACAAGGAAUUUUUAAGUACCUUUUAAUCAAAGGCCAUCAUUUGGAUAUCUGCACUUACAACAUUAUGAUCAAUGGCCUUUGUAUAGAAGGUUUACUUGAUGAGGCUAUGGCAUUGCUUCAAAAAAUGAAAGAGAAUGGCUGCCUCCCUGAUUCAAGAACAUAUGAAACACUUAUUCGAGCUCUUUUGAAAAUAAGCGAGAAUGAUGAGGCAGAGAAGCUCAUUUAUGAAAUGAUCAACAGUGGUUUACGAGAACGAUAAAACUUCGUUCAAGACAUUCAUGCUGUACCAAAGCAAUGGCCUUGACAUAUAUUAUUAUGGUCGAUGGGCUUUGUGAGAGGCUUGUUUGGGAGAAAGAUGGUCUUGGUUUAAAAAAUAAAAGCGAAUGCCUCUGCCUCUUGGAUGCCACAACUUUUCACUCAGUUGCUCAAACUGUCUUAGAAAAGAAUGAAGGAUGAAAAGGCUAAUAAAAGUCCUUGGCAUAUGAUUGUCCCUUGGCGUAUGAUUGUCGAAGUCUGAUGUCUUCUUACAAAAUGGAGGAUGACAAGGCUAACAAGGUCAGAUACUUUAGUUUUGAGUUCAUACUUACUUUAAUGGUGAAUUUGCCAAGUGGUUUGCAAAUCCUUGUUUCUUUUGGCCUCAAAAAGUUGUGCUACACAACAGCCUUUAAGUUGUGGAGGAAGUUGUGAUCAAUUCAUUGUAAAAAACUUAUUUUGAUAUUAUACUCUUCCCAGUGCUCUAGCAGUUAAUAUUUUGAGUUCAAAGACUGAACAGGCUGCUGAAGCAGGGGUGCUAAACAAGAGGAUGGAGCCCCACCAGUACACUUCGGAUUGCAGGCUGAUGGUUCAGUCAUCUCAGGAGUUGAAAAUGCUUGUGGUGGGAUUAUCAAAAGCAGUAACAAUGAGUGGGCGUUGAGUUUUAGAUGCAAAAUGGUGUGCCCACCAACUGUUAACUGAAGUAAAUAGAAUUAGUAAAGGUCUGGAAAUUUGCUAGAAUAGAGGAAUGCACAAAGUUGAAAUCAUUACUGACAGUGCUCAAACCUGGAACUUGUUGACUGGAGAAUAUAUUAGUGAUCAAUCUUAUCGUGAUGUUAUACAGGAAGCUGGGAAGCUUAUUGAUAAAAUUUGGGGUGUAAUAUAUAGAUUUAUAUAUAGGAAAUACAUUUUGGAGGCUGAUAAGUUAGCAAAACUGUCCCAUGACUUAGAUGUCAUUUUUUGCACCUUUGAUCAACUUCCACGUCAAUUUGGAGAGGUGAAGAUGAAGAAAGGUCAUAGAUUUUUUCUUUCCUUGUAAUUUUUUACCUCAUUGUUUAAUGAUAGCUUCAGUUAAAAAGACCCUGAAGUCUGAACAGUCCCUUUUGGAUGCAAUUCUGUUGUAUUCUUUCAUUGAUUAAUGAAUUUCCUCCUUUGCACUUAAAAAAAA